GGGGUGGAGCGCCAUCGAUUCCAGCCGAGAGCCAAAACGCCAUCGAUCCGUCGCACGCAUUGCCGCAGCGCUCUCCGACGACGCGCGGGGCGAGCAAUUAAGCUGAGGGGCAGCCAUGGUCGAGGUGCGAGAAGUGGGCCAGGUGCUGGGCCUCGGCCUGGUCGCGACGGCACCGGUCGCCGCCGGCGCCACGGUGCUCGAGGAGGAGCCGCUCUGGACCGUGUCCAUCGAGAAGAUCUUCAACGAUCAUGCUUUUCUGCAAAGGAAGGACGUGCAAGCGAUCGUCGCCGCGGUCGCGGCCGGCGACACCGCCCCCGAGCGGGCGAACGCGUUGAUGCGGCUCUACGCGGGCCACGCCCUGUCAAGGUUGGACGAUGACGUGAAAGCCAAGGUCUGGCGGCUCGCGGAUUCCAUUAGAGACGCGCAAAGUGGCGACCGGUGCCUCGUCUCUGUUGGUUUGGAGGAAGAUGAGUUCGCGGGGCGGUUCGGGGACGUGGUGGACGUGUCGGAUGACGGCGAUGAGCGAGCAAUAUGUAAAGUGCGCCUUGAUAAUGAAGAACACGAUUUCCCGCGGUGGCGGCUCAAGACGGCGCGGGGCCUCUGGCGCACGAACGCCGUGGAGUUUCAAGGUGUUGGAUACGUCUACGAGCGUCUUAGUAGAGUCAACCACGCCUGCGGGCGCGGCGCGAACUGCGAGCGCGUCUUCAACGGGGAACGGUGCGCCCUGGUCGCGACGCGAUCCGUCAAGGCGGGCGGCGAGCUGCUCCUGGACUACGGCGACGAGUCCGAGCGGCUCCUGCCGUCUCAAACCAGACGCGACCGCCUCUUCCGGGCGUACGGCUUCGCGUGUAUCUGUGAUUCUUGUCGCGCGGCGUACGCAAACUAUGACGCGGCCGAACUUGUGAACGGUGACGAGCUGCGGUCGGUGAAGAGCAUCUAGUGUAAGAGGACUUAGUGUGUGC